AUGUGCUGUUGUGAGCAUACGGCCGCGCGUGACACCGCACGUAUAAACUGCAUGCAACUGUUGCAGAACGAGCUGCUUCAAUCAGGUUCAUCUCGCUGGGUGACGCAGUGAACACCGCUGAGUGAUGUCCAGCACCUAUCAGAAGUUUGCUGCCAGCCUUCGCGAGCAGGAGGGCCCGUCUGGGAGCCUCCCCACCAACGGCCCCUCGACCACCACGCCUUUCGCCAACGCCACGAACCGCUACCUGAACAACCACUCCGGUCCCAACGACUUCGCCAUGGCGGCCCCCGCCACCGAGGAGAAGUUCGCGGGCGUGCCCCGCACCGGCACCAUGCCGGAGCGCCGCCUGAGCAUCAGCUCCAACUACAGCCGCGCCAGUGAGAUGGUGUUCGGCAAGGACGCGCUGCUGGGCCCGCGCCGCCCGCGGCCGCACAAGAUCUGGAAGAAGAAGUACAUCAAGCUGAUCGUCGUGGGCGACUCGGGUCUGGGCAAGACCACCCUCAUCAAGUCGCUCAUCUCCAUCCCCGGCGAGCGCCUGCAGGUGCACGACGGCAGCUACACGCCCACGGAGCAGUUCCGCCGCGACCCCGAGUCGCUGAGCUCCACGGUGUCUUGGCGCGACGAGGAGGACCGCGUCAUCUGGGUCUACAAGAUCCAGGACACGCCCGGCUACGGCGACGAGCUGGACGUGUUCCGCAACCUCAAGAUGGUGCAGGACUACAUCGAGAGCCAGAACCGCAAGUGGCUGGAGCUGGAGCAGGCUCGCGACCGCAAGGAGGACCUGGCGGAGAUUGAGGACCCGCGCGUUGACCUCUGCAUCUUCUGCAUCCCGCCGCACCGCCUGCGCCCCAUCGACCUCAAGUACAUGUUCGAGCUGGGCAAGCACGUGCCGGUGGUGCCGGUGGUCACCAAGGCCGACACCAUGACGAUACGUGAGGCCAACACCUACCGCACCGAGGUCGCCAACCGCAUCGCCAACCCCAUGGUGCCCGGCAUUCACGACAAGAUCAACAUCUUCAAGUUCGAGCGCGACACGCUGGAGCGCGCCGGCGUGCAGGACCACGCCACGCCGCACCCGCCCUUCCUGGUGAUUGCCUCCAACGACAUCAGCGAAGAGCUGGCGGCCGCGGAGCCGCCGCUGUUCUGGCCGGAGCGGCGCUACCCCUGGGGCACCGCGGAGGCCUUCAACAAGGAGCACUCCGACCUGCUGGCUGUCCGGGCGCUGCUGAUGAAGGAGGCGCUGGAGGAGAUCAGCAAGACCAAGCGCGCCCGCUACGAGGCGUGGCGCCGCACCACCCUGGGCGGCCUCAAGCUGGGCCGCCGCAUCACGGGCGCGCUCAUGUGGACCAUCAUCCCCGCCAUCGUGUGCCUGCAGGUGGGCCGCGCGGGCGUGCGCAUGGAGGACGUGCGGCGCUUCAUUGGCAACAACGUGGACCGCAUCAAGCGCCGCCUGCCCAAGAAGGCGGAGGCCAAGCCCGCGCCCGCCCCCGUGGAGGAGCCCAAGCCCGCGCCCGCCCCCGCGCCGGCACCGCCGCCGCCCGCGCCCGCCAAGAAGGGCUGGGGCUUCUAAACCCCAUGGAGCGGCUGGAGCAUAAGCGAAGCGAGGCUGCUAAAGCUGCACACCCUACAUGAGGGUCGUUGCUGGUUAGGCGGCGGUUCACUUUUAUGCAUCUCGUGUGAAGGUACAUGUGUGAGGGCUGGGUGACAGCGAGCAGGCGCGCCAGGGCAGUGCGUGGUUCAGCCUGCGCCUGGCGCGGCCUAAUCCGGUUUUGGCUGUGCGUGUGUGGAUUGUCCGCCUGGCCGCGGUGAGGAGAGACCUUCUCCCUCCCCCCUAGGCGUUGUAUGGUCAUGGACAGUGAGUUAGGCAGGACUAUAGGAAGGAUCAGAUGCAGGAAGACGAGCUAAUGCAGGAGUAGUGCAACAGUGCCGCCAAUCCAUCGACGCCAUGACACGUGCACAUGCGGGUAGAGCGCGCAAAAGGACCAAGGAGGCCGGACUUGAGUUCUAUGAGGCUACUUUUUAGCAGGACAAGAAGAGUUACAGCAGGUGUGUUACAAAAUUUGAGGAGCUGCGGCUUGAAGGGAGGAGCAAAUGAGGGAGUUGAUUGGUAGGCCCCGCAUCCCCGCCUAGUGCGGCACACGUUAGCCAAGGGGAACCCAGCCGCGGCUUGUCUGAAGUCAUGGUCUAUGCAUCGCCCUUCGAGGGGGCAGUGCCGCUGUAGUGUUAUCAAUACCAUUGCUCGCAUGCUUGUGUCCAUGCGCAGUAUGAAACCUCUCUGCGAC